CCUUGUUCACCCCUGUUAUCCCGUGUUCACCCCUGUCAUCCUGUGUUCACACCUGCUAUCAAGCGUUCACACAGUACUCACUAAGACAUGGAUUGGCCUUGGCAUGACGUAUUGAUAUCCCUGCUUUUCCUCGCUAUCCCCAUCUGCUUGUUCAACUUGAUCUUUGUUAUCCUAAUAUGCAACCGCGGGAAUUUGGGGAGGCUUCAGAAUGUGUUGUUCCUCAGUCUCGGGUGUUCGGAUUUUUGUGCGGGGUUUUUGGCGAUUCCCUGCAUACUCAUGUGUAACCUUGUCAACAACGUCACUCUCAGUUGUCGUCUAUGCAUCGUGAGUUAUCUGCUGAACCGUUUCAUUCUGACUCUAUCGUUCCUUAAUCUCUCGGCGGUAAUCUACGAACGAUAUUUAAAGAUUGUUCAUCCGUUCUGGUUUCGAAAUCGGGAAUACACUUUGCUCAAAGGCAGCCGAGUGAUGAUCGGUAUUUGGCUGACAAGCCUCGUGAUUUGCUUAACUCCGCUCACAUUCUGGCCGUUAGAUAAGCCGUGCUCAAGCGACAAGACUUUCGACAUAAAUCUACAAUUCUUCGACAUCGCAUGUUUUGCUCUGUUUAUUAUUUUAUUAUUGUUCAUGAUUUACGCGUUUGUUCGGAUCUUUCUGGUCGUUCGAAGCCAUCUUCUGGACAUCAAUACAACCGCAGUCCAGUUGAGAGCUAGCAUGAACAACAUCCUAGACGAGUCUGGCAGCGCUGCCUCGAACGAGAAUUCACGCCAAUCUAAUUCGGAGACAAACAACAACCGAUCACGCACUCAUCCUGGGAAAAGGGAAUCCGAAUCAUCACGUUUGUCCGCGCAAAGUCUGCAUCGACAAUUUCUUCUGAAAGAAGUGAAAAUUGUUCUAAGAUUUGCAGCAAUGGUAUUCAUGUUCGUUGUGACCUGGGGUUCCUAUUAUUUCCUUUCGUUUUACGAGCGAAACAAGGAGGAUGUUCCAAUAAUCGCACAGGAGAUUGUCUUUGUGAUUCGCUUCAUGAACCCGCUUUUUGAUCCUUUCAUACUGACUGUCAAUAACAGCGAUUUUAGAUUCGGUAUUUUCAACAAAAUUAUUUCUCGUGUGCGGUCAAGUUUCGUUCGACGGCAAUCCACUACGAAUCAGCAUUCCUCUGAGGACUUCUCAACAGUGUGAGAAUGAGAAUAACAUUAACUAAUGAUUCGCUUUUGAUUCCGGUGAAGAUUUCUUCACAGCAUAAAGAGAGGAUUUGUCGUGUAUGAAGCCAUAUUGUAGAGAUGUUGAAAACUGGAUGCAAUCUAACCAGGUUCUCAGAUUCCUGUCUGCGAUUAUCAUCAGUGCGCCUUUUAUCUGCAAUUUACCCUCCUUCACCUCUCCAAACCCCAUUUUCUCCUUUGUCACCCUACCGUCCAUAUACGGGAACAAUUUACCUGUUUCUAGCAGUGAAUUUAGAAAAAGACUGGAACGAUAACUCCGACGCCAUCUUAAAGCCCAAUUGAAGACCGCCAUUUCACGUCACCAUGGUUCGAAAAUACACUCUAUUUUCUUUGCAUAUAGUCCCUAGUCCUUUUGAAAGUGUUUACUUGUGCACGGUUCCCGCCUUAAUCGGUGAUUGGUUGAUAUGGAUCAUAUUAGAAUAAGUUUCAUCCAAUCAUGGGAUUUUAGGCUUUAUCAUUGGAGUAAUCGUUCCAGUUGUAUUAGAGUUAGCUGGUUCCUAGUGACCAAAUUCAUGUGAAGUCAUAAAAUUUUGAAAUACAUUUCAUGACGAUUGGAUCUGUAGCGGUUUUCUUUAAUUGCUCAAAGCGUUUGCGGUUUUAAAUGCUUACGAUUUUAUCAUUCAAAGCAGAAUUUUUAAAAAUAGGAAACGACAGCCAAUCAGCUUUCUAUUUGCAAUUCAAAAAGAUGACGACAGGGUAGGCUUAGUGUCUCCGGCAUAGUUUUGAUAAAAUUUUGUCAAAAUCUCGAAAAACAUUUGCUAUUUUAGCAUCCUUAAAAUUAACGUUUGAAGUUAAAACCUCGGGAGAAUGUAGUUAAACUACCGGCGUUUAAACCGAUGUAAUUUUUUUAUUAUUUUUAUUUGUAAUUUGCGAGAUAUUCACGCCGUAGCAAACGUUGUAGUAAAUAGUAUAUAUAUUUUAGUAAAAAUACUUGUCAACCUUGUCAUAAUAA